GCCGUUGUUCGUCAGCCGUGAUGCGUCUCAACUGACAGUUUUUUUCAGAGAGACGCUGUCUGUACAAAGUAAAGAAAUACAACCGAAAAACACACACACACACAAACUUACAGAGUAUUGCAGCGUCCACAACGGUGAACUUUUUUUCAAGGUAAUUUGUUUUUGUUUUCGCUGACUUAAUUUUUAACUAAUAAAUGUUGAAGUAUAUAACGUGCCUCAUACUUUUGGUUUGAAGCAAUAAUCACACGCGUGACUGAAUUCUUUAGAUGAAGCGUUUAUUUAUCUCUCGAAUGAUAUCAUUUUAAGAAUAAAACUUCUAUUGCUGCCCACAAAUACUACUUACCAGCUUAGUGCUAUUUCUUAUUUUUAUUUGUAUACCUUUUUUUUCUGUUGUUUUGUUCGCUGACGAAGGCUUUCUGCCGACACGUUCGCUGUUUUGUUGCGUUUAUUUUUUCAGGUUUAACCCUACUCUGUUUUACUAAUUUUAUUAAGAAUAAAAUAGCCACCAGGUGUUUUUUUUUUUUUUUUUUUUUUAACUCAGGGAUUCUUAAACAUUUGGGAAAACCUAAGCCAUCUUCUGAAAGCUGUUUUGUUGCGUUUAUUUUUUCAGGUUUAACCCUACUCUGUUUUACUAAUUUUAUUAAGAAUAAAAUAGCCACCAGGUGUUUUUUUUUUUUUUUUUUUUAACUCAGGGAUUCUUAAACAUUUGGGAAAACCUAAGCCAUCUGCUGAAAGUUAAAACUUCUACCAUAUGCAUAUUUCUUAAUUGAAACCGGAUAUUUGAAUAAUAUUUAUUUCUUUUUUAUACAUCUCUGGGAACCUAACAACGGGUGACUUGGAGCAAGGUUUGCUCUACAAGCAGGCAUGAGGAGGAGAGGGUGCAGGCUGUACAUUGUCCCUGGCCACAUGGAGCUCAAAGGGGGACCAUGGAGGGGAUUUUUUUUUUUAAUUUACAAAACCAAUUUUUAAAAAAGAAAAACAACAUUGGAUAUACACUUCAUUACUCUAUACUUUGUGUUUAUAGAAAAAAACCGCCUUGCUUGAUCUAUAAGCAGUCUUGUUUGAUAUAAGCAGUCCUGUUAUAAAGCGUUAUACUAGGCUAAAACAUUUCCCAAAGAUAUAGACAGCCAGGUUUUUCCAGAAAGUAUCCUAACAUCUAGACGUUUAAAUGGUGAAAAAUGUGACAGAAAUUGGGUUUUCUUAAAUGAAGUUAAGCAAGCAUUAUUUUUUUUUACUUCCUUGUCGAUUAUUGUGGAACAAGAUCAGUUGCAGCAUUAGCUCAACGGUUAAGUCUAUGCUUGCAUCAGCAGAAGAUUGGCCAGAAGCUAAAAAAAAGUGGCGAAAAUUAUGCAUUUGCAUCACAGAACAUGAUAGGACCAAUAGUUUUAGCCAGUGUCAUCUGGCCUGGCAAGAUCUAGGCAUACGCUUGUCAUCUGAAAAAGGCAUUGGAAUUUUAUUGGAGGCAUCAUUUGAAACAGAAUCUGUCAAGUGAUACGACAUGAUGAAACAGAAAUCUGUCAAGUGGUACAACAAUAUGAAACAGAAUCUGUCAAGUGGUACAAAAAUAUGAAACAGAAUCUGUCAAGUGGUACAACAUUAUGAAACAGAAUCUGUCAAGUGGUACAACAUUAUGAAACAGAAUCUGUCAAGUGGUACAAAAAUAUGAAACAGAAUCUGUCAAGUGGUACAACAUUAUGAAACAGAAUCUGUCAAGUGGUACAACAUUAUGAAACAGAAUCUGUCAAGUGGUACAACAUUAUGAAACAGAAUCUGUCAAGUGGUACGACAUUAUAAAACAGAAUCUGUCAAGUGGUACGACAUUAUGAAACAGAAUCUGUCAAGUGGUAUAACAUUAUGAAACAGAAUCUGUCAAGUGGUACGACAUUAUAAAACAGAAUCUGUCAAGAGGUACAACAUUAUGAAACAGAAUCUGUCAAGUGGUACAACAUUAUGAAGCAGAAUCUGUCAAGUGGUUCAACAUUAUGAAACAGAAUCUGUCAAGUGGUACAACAUUAUGAAACAGAAUCUGUCAAGUGGUACGACAUUAUGAAACAGAAUCUGUCAAGUGGUACAACAUUAUGAAACGAUAAAUUGAUGAUGACUUUUGGUUGGUGAACGGGGGUGGGGGGUGGGGGUGGGGGUGUGGGGCUUGCUUUGCGUUGCAAUUCUCAGCAUAUGUAUGUGUAAGACUAUGAUAAUAUUCUAUCUAUGUAUGAAACAUCAAGCUAAUGUUGUUGGGUUUUUUUUUCAGGGCAUGUCGCAAAAGAAGAUCGCCGAGGAAUUAAGUAAAGAAAUUAGAGAGUAUGACAACAGUCGUGAUCUUCCGGUCUCCGUCGGUAUCUCCAUCGGCGCCGUCGCCUUGAGCACCAGUGUAAUCAGUAAGCUGCUCUUUUGUAUUUCUGGCAUGUCUUUACUUUAAUCACAAACGUGGUUUUAUUUCUUAUUCGAUGUGAAAUCCGAGGCUUGGGGGAAAAAAAAAAUCACAUUUAAUUUUUCUCGCCCUUAAUUAAAGGAACUUUGCAGAAGUUCAACGACUUGAAUAGGCAGACUCAAUAAAACAAUAUUUCUUGUAUUUUUUUUAAAAUGACAGGCCCUUAAAAAAUUAAUAAAUGAAACAAUAGAUGCUAGAUAUUGGCUAUCACUGUCAUCUUCCAGACAAGCGUAUGUACCCUAAUGAGAAUGUAGGAGAAACUAAAAACUACAUCUGAUUCAGUGGCGUAGAAAAAAAAAGGAGGGGGAGGGGGGCUGGAGGCGGCGCGCCAUCCCGGGCGGCAAUUUGUUUCUUUAUAGGGAGGGGCGGCUUUUUGGACUCAACGCAGAGUUUAUUUCUUAGAAGUAGAAGGGGCGGCAUAAAAUCUUGAACCGUCCAAGGCGGCACAAAAUCUUGAACCGUCCAAGGCGGCACCGGCCCUAGCUACGCCCCUGAUCUGAUUGAACGUGUAGAGUUGGACAACGUUUUCUUUAUCUUUACGCCGGAUCAAAGUACGGGUCUAGUCGAACCCCCCCCCCUCUUCCCCCAGGAGGAGGGUCGUCAACCGUCACUCAUGGUAUGUGCUGGAUGAACGACACCCGUGGCAAGUGAAACGUGUAGAGUUGGAACACUUUUUCUUUAUCUUUCCGCCGGAACAAAGUACGGGUCUAGUCGAACCCCCCCCCCCUCUUCCCCCAGGAGGAGGGUCGUCAAACGUCACUCAUGGUAUGUGCUGGAUGAACGACACCCGUGUCAAGUGACACUGUGGCUAUAAAUAGAAGCGAAUCGGGAACAGUCGUAUGGCCUUCAUAAUUGUGACGAAAAUAGGCGCACACUUAGAUUUUGACACGGCGGUGUGAACUUCAAAGUGGAGUUUUCCCCUUCUUGGAUUAAGCUAAUGUCAGCUCUUAAAGGAUGAUGUCGGAGGUAAUAUUUUAAUUUACUUGAUGUCGGAGGUAAUAUUAUAAUUUACUUGAUGUCGGAGGUAAUAUUAUAAUUUACUUGAUGUCGGAGGUAAUAUUAUAAUUUACUUGAUGUCGGAGGUAAUAUUACAAUUUACUUGAUGUCGGAGGUAAUAUUAUAAUUUACUUGAUGUCGGAGGUAAUAUUAUAAUUUACUUGAUGUCGGAGGUAAUGUUAUAAUUUACUUGAUGUCGGAGGUAAUAUUAUAAUUUACUUGAUGUCGGAGGUAAUAUUAUAAUUUACUUGAUGUCGGAGGUAAUAUUAUAAUUUACUUGAUGUCGGGGGUAAUAUAAUUUACUUGAUGUCAGGGGUAAUAUAAUUUACUUGAUGUUGGAGGUAAUAUUAUCAGAGCUUUUCUUAGGCAGAGGCAAACUUUGCGACCGUUUAGGGCCCCACUGUAAAGGGGGCCCCGCCGGUCGCUCUUUUUUUUAGCCAACACCUUGCAAUCCAUAUAUUUCAGAAGUACACAUUUUCUCUAGUGGCGGAAUUAUCACUAUGGUUAGUGGUUACAUGCGAGCAAAGAGGAAACAGUGACGAAGGCAGAACGGAGGUGCCGCAGUCGAGGGGGUGGUGUUUUCUCCUCAGCCCCGGGGGAGCUCCGCCCCCAGACCCCUCUACCAGGGCCCCCACCUAUGCUCCAUGGCCCCUCAAUAUCCUAAGAACGGAUCUGUGUAACUGUUAUAUCGUUGCUAUGUGUCGUUUACUUUCUUGUUAUACUAAUUUCACACUAACCAUUGGCGUGUGUUUGUUACAGGUGUCCUGGCUUGUUAUGCUGUGUAUGCCUUGGAGACCUACAGGAAAGAUGUGUCAGCUUUUUGGAUGGCUUGUGUACCGGUAGGUUUAAGAGAUAUGUGAUAUGACUUGGCCUCGGUUGGCACACAUGAUGUGCUGAAUUGGCUCAAUGUAUAACGAAUUUGAUUCAUUUAUGUUCGUUUUUUUUGAAGUAUCAUAUUAUGCAUUCAAAAUAAGUUAGCCAGUUACUGUCUAGACCGGUGACUGGUGUUUGAAAGACAACACUGUAAAACAAAAUAGUUGGUUAAAAAACAAAAAAGAAACUUCAACGCCAAAUCUAAUCUCUCAUUGGUCACAUGAUUUCAGCCCUUUUCAAAAUAAAAAUAAAGUAACGAUAAUUCAUAAAAAGAAAGCUAAUUAAUGAUCACCAUAAAUAUUUUUGGCUAUUAUCCUUUACACCUCUGUCCCAUUGUCCCCACUCACCCCAUACAUUGGCUGAUAUACUUGAUUCUUCUGACCCCCUUCUACCCCUAUAUGAUAUCACUACCCAUUCGGCUGUACCUUAUCACAGACGCUUAGAGAAGUUUAAAUGACAUUUUGAAAUUUGACCACAUCAACUGCCUCUUUUUUUUUCUAUUUGUACAUUGGCCAAAUGCGCUUUAACAACAAUUUAUUAUUUGUUCAUACAAAUUUUAAUAUGAUAUAUAUCUUUUUUUUUUUAAAAAAAAACAAUUUAAAUGUUUUCUUUCAGUUCGUAUUCCCGGUCAUCACUGGCAUCGCCACCACGUACAGACGACAGAUGUCGACCGUAAGUCUAAUUGUUACAGAGAUGAAUGUUUCAUUUGCCCAAGACAACAUUCUUCAUUUAAUCACGUUAUACACCUUAACGGUACAUUAUUUCUCCUGAGAAUUUCAACCAUGUUAUUUCAAUGUAGCCGAUGAGUUUCUUCACCACUCACCACGGUCAUAACAUUUAGACGCUGAUAAAAAUCGCAAAGUGAGUUGUCUCUCUCACAUCUUUAACGACUCCAUAGUCACACACAAUGCAAUCACGAUAUUAAAUUCAAGUCUCUUACUUAUUCAGCAAUUCAAGGUGCUGUUGGUGAAAUUCUGUUCAGCUUCUCUUACCGAAGUUAGUUACCGUAUACGUGGCACUUAUCACAGCUUGUCCCUCAACGUGGUGGAGGUGUUUAACUCAAAAUGGUUCUUUGCGUGGCAUUUUUAAAUUUCGAAGGGCUGUAACAGGACCAGGGGCAGUAAUCCACCAGACCUUGAUAGGAUGUCUCAGGGUUGCCUCCUGCAUUUCAUUGUAACGUAUAAGCGAUCCUGUACGAAUAUCAUUUAGAGAUAUAUGUCAAUUCGAAAUAUGUUUGUUUUUCUUUUUAAAUAAAAAAAAAUUGGAUCUGCUUGGUUUGUAAACUAACCCACGACGUCUCGGUCAAAUUUCCCUCCAGGUGGGGAUGCACAUCUGCCUCGUUCUGGCCACCCUACUGACAGGUGCCGCUGGCUAUGGAUACACAAUAGACACGGUCUACAUCAAGAGAGACAACUGCACGUGAGUACUUUCAAACUGUUUCUAGGAAAUUUGAGAUCGCUCCAAGUGGACAUUUGAAAUAUGAAAAGAUCUAAAAGUAAAUGAGUUUGAUACAGGUUUAAAUUUAAAAAACACUAUUUUUUUCCUUUUAUUAUGAGUUUACAAUACUGUGAAAUGACGGCAUAACAAUUUUCAAUACACUGAUUUACAUAAAAAAAAAAUUUCCAACAGAAUGGUGAGUGAAAGCAUCGGAGACUGCGACAAGGACUCCUUGGUGUAUAUUUACGUCAUAUCCGGGGGCGUGGCCAUCGGCCUCAGCGUGAUCAGCUUGGGAAUAUCUGCAUUGGCCACCUACAGUUCAAUGGUAACUUUUUUUUUUUACAUUUCCCGUGACCAAUCACAUAUCUUUAAAAAAAAUUAAAUUAUGUUUGCUUUCUAUGUGAUGUUUUGAUGGUUCCAUGGCGAAGAUGGUCUACAUCAAGAUGCGCCAACGGAUUUCUUCUAUGUGGACAUUAAAACUGGCUCGAAAGAAAAGACCAAUUUGCACAAUAUUUUCUAGCUGGCUUAAAGACGGCUAUGUAAAAUGGGGAAUCUGAGAGAUUGCAAAGAUUUUAAUUGCGGGUUCGAUUGAUGUCUUUUCAGAGAAGCAGAGCAGAACGGCGACUCAACCAUCAACAAAGUCUAGAGCUUACCAUGCUGUCCAAAGAGGCAUCGAACCGGACGCAGAAACCUAUUUAUAUACCGUUGUCUACGUCACCCAGCCCAUCACAUCAUAUGAUGAACGAAUCAUCAGCCAAUCACAGGCCAACAACGCCCUCGUCUUCAGCUUAUCACAACGGAGCACCUCUUCAGUUCUCAGCCAAUGACAAUCUUGCGAGUAAUUUUCAACCAUUAAUUAAUGCUAGUCCUUUCAACAGCCAGUCGCUGACUGAUCACAACGCCGUGUCGAAUCAUCAAACAGAUCCUCACGUUGUUGGACGGAGGGCCCACCACUUAACAGCAUCAUCAAAAUCUGACGAGACAGUUAAAGUUCCGAUGCAUCUCGCCAGUCUUUCUGAUUUAUAAAUCAAAUCUUAAGACAACACACGACGAAGUUCCAAAGACUUCAUCGCGCCAAAUCCCUCCAAAGCAAAAUCCAACGGAAACAUCACAAACAAGAUCAGCGUGGCUCUAAAUAAAUUAUUUGUAUGAGUGUCAUCAUGUUUAAUUAGCUCUCUCUUUUUUUUUGGGACUUUUUUGCUGCAGAUCGUAGUAGUUUCUGGAAGUUUUAAGGUGAUGCAUUUUUAAUGUUACUGUCGACGAUUUUGUAUGUUUUUUUAAAAGAAUAAACUUACGAAUGUUUCAUAAUAAAUCUUGUUGAAAUUGAAUCUAAAUUACUGUUUAUUCAUGAAUGUUCGAGUGAUGUCCCAGCAAAAUGAAAUGUACAAAUGCCUAAAUAAUAUUCUACAUGAAUACUAUUGACAUUUCGCAAUAUUAAAGUAGAAUAUUAUCUUAACAGGCACACUGGCCUGAUCACGCAGAGCCAUCGUUGCAAAAAAAGUGUGGGGGGGGGGGGCGCUCACAUAUUUAAGGGGCCGAAAGAUGUGAAAAAUUUAAAGAAAGUAUUUUAAAUUGCAUUGCACAGGUAAAUAAAAACCACCGAUGGGUAAAAAAAAAAGGUACGCGUGGUCCCUGGACUGGUGGCAGCAAUGCAGCCAAUCAAUUUUGGUCCCAGCUUUUAAUUCUGAGAUUAGGGUCACAUUGGGGAAGCGGGAAAUGGAGGCAGUCCCUGAUAUUUUUAAUUUACUUUGAAUGUAGGAAUUAUAUAUUUAUAUAUAAUACAGCUGUAAAUGUUAGUCUUACCGUGCGAGAGAGAGAGAAAUAUGUUUUG